AUGACCCCUUACCUGAACGAAGACUACGACAGGACACAUACACAGAUGGAUAUGGCCGUGGUGAGCAUGUGGCCCUGGGGCUCGGCAUUUCCAUGGGAGAGGUCAAAACAACUAGAGAGAGGGAUGGUAGUGGCAAUUCGAUCACCCGCACACGCUUCUAAUAUCGCCGUCAAGCGCGUUAUAGGUCUUCCAGGCGAUCGCAUUACUACACGUGAACCAUGCAUGAAACCAUCUCAAAUCGUACCAUACAAUCACGUCUGGCUAGAGGGCGAUGCGGAGGAUCCACGCCGAACAUUGGACAGUAACACAUAUGGACCUGUCAGUAUCAGUCUGAUUCAAGGGCGGGUAGUUGGUAUAUUACGCCCGCGCAUGCGUUGGUUGAACUGGCAGGAUUGGGAAGCCGGCAAGUCCGGCGGAUCAGCCGCAGAUGAGAACGAGAACUAUCGUCAGAGUGUGCGCGAUCGUGUUGUGAAGGAAGCUGUUAAGCUGGAGAGACCGGAAUUUUAA